UGAUCCUGAUCCUGGUCCUGGUCCUGUUCGGGGCGCCGGUGGCUGAUUUCAUUCAUUCUUCCAGUGGAACAUGCUGCGGGUCAGGUGUCUGAGAGGAGGCAGCAGGGGGGCCGAGGCCGCCCAUCUGAUCGGAGCCAUGCUGGGCCGGGUGCUGCAUGGCCAGGUGCAGAGAACCUUCCGGAGCUCGUCCAGUGCGGUGGCCGCUCAGCCCGUCCAUGCGGUCCAAGUGGACCCUGUUCCUGAGCCGGUGGCCCAGGAGUGUCCUGUGUGCAGCUACAAUGAAUGGGACCCUCUGGAGGAGGUGAUCGUGGGCCGGGCCGAGAACGCCCACGUGCCUCCGUUCACCGUGGAAGUGAAGGCCAACACUUAUGAGAAGCAUUGGCCCUUCUAUCAGAAGUAUGGGGGCCAGCGCUUCCCUGCGGACCACUUGAGAAAAGCUGUUGCUGAGAUCGAAGAAAUGUGCAACAUUCUACGACAGGAGGGUGUGACCGUCAAGAGACCAGAACCAAUCGACUGGUCUGUGGAAUACAAAACCCCCGACUUCACAUCCUCAGGCAUGUAUGCAGCCAUGCCCAGGGACAUCCUCAUGGUUGUGGGUAAUGAGAUCAUCGAGGCCCCCAUGGCCUGGAGGGCUCGCUUCUUUGAGUACCGCGCCUACAGACCCAUGAUUAAGGAAUACUUCAGAAGAGGAGCCAAGUGGACCACGGCCCCCAAACCCACCAUGGCCGAUGAGCUCUACGACCAGGAUUAUCCAAUCCGUACGGUGGAGGACCGACACAAACUUGCGGCUCAGGGGAAGUUCGUGACCACGGAACAUGAACCCUGCUUUGAUGCUGCUGAUUUCAUUCGAGCUGGGAGGGACAUAUUUGUCCAGAGGAGUCAGGUCACCAACUACAUGGGCAUCGAAUGGAUGCGUCGCCAUCUGGCCCCAGAUUAUAACAUCCACAUCAUCUCCUUCAAGGACCCCAACCCCAUGCACAUCGACGCCACCUUCAACAUCAUCGGGCCUGGGCUGGUGUUGUCCAACCCCGACCGCCCCUGUCAGCAGAUCGACAUGUUCAAGAAGGCUGGAUGGACGAUUGUCAAACCUCCGACUCCUUUGAUUCCAGACGACCAUCCUCUGUGGAUGUCGUCCAAAUGGCUUUCGAUGAACGUCCUGAUGUUGGAUGAGAAGCGCGUCAUGGUGGAGGCCAAUGAAACCACCAUUCAGAAGAUGUUCGAGGACCUCGGCAUCCAGACGGUGAAGGUGAACAUUCGCCACGCCAACUCGCUGGGUGGCGGCUUCCACUGCUGGACCACCGACGUGCGCCGCCGUGGGACCCUCCAGUCCUACUUCCACUAGCCUGGACACAAACAGGCAGUUUGUCCUGAGCUGUGAACAUGAACGUGUCCGUCUGCUGUUGUGUUUGAUGCAUGUGUUGUUGCUGUUGUUUUUGUUGUAAACAGCUUGGUUUGGACGCUCAGUAACAUGUACCAGGAUAAUGUCCUUCCUUCAAUCUGUUAUCUCAAUAUCAACGGCUUUCUGGCCUGGCUACUGUGGAUCUGAACCAGCAACCCUGAGGACGGGGUUGGGACCCCUUGGACAGGGUUGGGACUCCUUGGACCGGGUCGGGACCCCUUGGACCGGGUUGGGACCCCUUGGACAGGAUUCUGACCCCUUGGACAAGGUCGGGACCCCUUGGACAGGGUCUGGACCUCUUGGACAGGAUUCUGACCCCUUGGACAGGGUCGGGACCUCUUGGACAGGGUUGGGACCCCUUGGACAGGGUUGGGUCUGAUGUGUGAAGGACUUGGGCACAGGAGGAGGGCAUCACUCCAAAAACACACCGACAGCAUUUUUCCAAAGUCUUUUUUAUUUAAUUAAAUGUUAUAAAGUCAUGUGGGUCAUUGAAGUGACUCAGUUCUGUUUAUAUUUGUGUUCCAUUUUCUUUCUUGGAUUUUCCCGCCUAUUGUUGUUUUUUUAUUGACUCCUAGCUCUAGCUUCACCUCUGUGACUGUUUUCUUGUGCUGUAAACCUGGGCCAGUUGGACGCCUACAGUCGUUCUCACUCCACUGCUUUUAUAAACGGUUUGAAAUGACAAAUGAAUGUUUGAUGAUUCCUGUUGUGCAGAUUUGAGUGUGGGAGUGACCUCUGACCUCUGACCUCCACGGUCACACUGUGGAUCAGAGGACCAGGGAACGUCCUGUUUUCUAUUGUGUAAUUAAAUGUGAUUAAAAGGAG